GCAUUAUAGAUGUAUGAAGUAAGUCAUGUGUGAUGGUGUGAUGGUGAGUCAGAAAUAGGAACUUGUUGCUAGGAAUUUUUUUCUCCUCAUCCUGAAUCAUAAAUCCACAAUGUCUGCAAUGGAUACACACCAUUUUACUAAAACUCUUGGUCUGCUGGUGAUCCUUUAUUCUGCAGUUAUAGCCAAAGACGAUGACGGCUGGUUGAUGAAAGCACCCACUGAGGUCCGGGCGAUGGAGGGGUACCCAGUAGUGCUUCCCUGCUCUUUUAGCCACCCGCAUCACACCCAUCCCUCCUCCAUGCAUGUAUCGUGGACCCUGGGCCACGGACGGGCCGCCACUGUGCUGUUCCGCUGCACAAGUCUGAACAACAGCCAGCUGUGCCAAUCAAGGCCCAGCCAGGACCAGCGCUACCGCCUGGAGGGUAACCACCGAAACCAUGACGUCUCACUCAGGAUCAACAGCGUGACCUUGAAUGAUAACGGACGCUUUUACUGCCGUGUAGAGAUACCGGGACAUCCCCAUACAAGCUUUGAGAACACACUUGGUACUCGUCUACGAGUGGAGGCUGCACCACGAAUCCUGAGUUUGUCAGCCGAGGGGACUGAAGCUGGCUUCAAAGCCGUGUGUCAUGUUCAGGGUUCCCCUCUUCCUGACAUUCAGUGGAUAGAACCAGAUGGUGUUCAGGAGGGAGAGUCUUCAUUCCCUCUUUCUCAGGACGGUACUGGACAAUACCGCACUUCAAGUCAACUGCUGGACGUCAAACCUGGACGACAGUACAUCUGUGCCGCUUCGAACUCUUUGGGGAAGGAUCAAGCCACACUUUACCUUUUGCCCCCCAGUCCAGAGAGGUUAACCACAAAGAGCUCUUUCUCACUUCUUGUCCCACUUCUUGCUCUGGCUUUGGGUAUCAAGCUGCUUUUGGCUCUGGGGGUGGGAGCUUGGGUGAUCAAGAGGAGGUUUAGCAUCAGAGCUAGCAGCGUGGAACACUGAAAAGAUGCAAAUAUCAUGCUCGCAUAAUCAAAACACUCUGGUUUCAAAGCGGUUUCUUUUCUCAUGUUGUUAAAAAUACAAAGGCUUAAA